AUGGCGGAAGCCCUGACAACUCAGGAGGAGAUGUAUUGGAUACAGUAAACCUCUUGAUGAAAUCUGUGUGUGGUACAGGCAGUGGAGGAGUUCCUGGCUGAGCUGAGGUGUCGGGAACAGUCUCACAAUGCAGAUCUUGUCAGUCAGAUGACAGCAGUUAAGUUUCUUAUGGCACGCAAGUUUGACGUUUCCAGAGCCAUAGACCUCUUCCAGGCUUACAAGAACACCAGAAUAAAGGAGGGCAUCUACAAUAUUAACCCAAAUGAGGAACCUUUAAGGAGUGAGUUACUGAGCGGGAAAUGUACAGUUUUGCCUGGCCGUGAUGCAAAAGGUGCAGCUUUGGCACUCUUUACGGCACGUCUUCAUCGACCAGACCUCACUACCCAUAAGGCUGUUCUCCAGGCCAUUAUAUUUCAGCUGGAUAAAUCAAUUGAGAGUGUUCAGACACAGAGAGAUGGGCUCAUUUUCAUCUAUGAUAUGACUAACUCCACAUAUGCCAACUUUGACUAUGAGCUUUGCGUCAAGAUUUUAAAUCUGCUCAAAGGAGCUUUCCCUGCUCGUUUAAAAUGUGUCUUCAUUGUGUCAUCUCCGCUGUGGUUCAGAGCACCGUUUGCAGUACUGCGUUUGUUUGUGAGAGAGAAACUGAGAGAAAGGGUGUGCACUUUAAAAGCACACGAACUGGUUAAUCACAUCCCAGUCAGCUCCCUUCCAGAACACUUGGGUGGCUUGUCACAGUAUAGCCACAUUGCCUGGAUCCAGUCCUGCAUCAACUCCAGCAACCCCAAUAACUCUCCCUACAUCACUGCAGAUUGCUUGGGCAGCCUUCUCCACUCUUACUCCAUGGAGCAUUGCCAGAAUACCACUGCUGACCCCUUAACUGCCAACUCUUCAACCCACACAGGGGCUCAUUUGGGAGAUGGACUAAACUCCAACUGCCCCAUACUGGAUAAUGGAAAUGCCAAUGUGCAGAACCAUAGGACAGCGGGACAUGAACAUUGGAAUGGCUCUGUACUGCCAAGUUUAGGGGGCAUUACAGGGUCGAAUUCCAAUGUAGUUAAUGGGUGUGUCCACCUGCCACCACCACAGUCAGACACACCCCCGGACACGCCCCUGCAUCAAAAACACACUCCUUGUGCUAUAGGAACAGGAGGUGGGGCAGCUAUGGGAACAGAUCUAGUCGUGACGUCUUUGAAUGACACUAGGCAGGAUGUUAAUGGUGCUGAAGACAGCCAACAGUAUGUGGAGUUUCUGGAAGAGGAUGUGGAUGGAGGAUAUGUUGUUCCACCCCUCCCAUUGAAAUCAAGGCCGCCCCCCCUUCAUCAUAGCUCCGUCCCCGUUAUGAGCUGGUUACCGGGAACAACUGCAGAAAUGACAGCAUUAUCAGUGCAUUUAGCUGAGCCUGGUGGAAUGAGUGUGCAGGAUAUGGUACAGCAUGUGAAAUGCAAAAAAAAGAAAGGCAUUUACCAGGAGUACGAGGAGAUCCGCAAAGAACCUCCUGCUGGAUCCUUUGACUACUCCAAGAAGCCUUCUAACCAGAUAAAGAAUCGCUACAGUGAUGUCCUUUGCCUAGACCAGUCACGUGUUCGACUCUGUCCUCUCAAUGAUGAGGAUGACGAGACGUCUGACUACAUCAAUGCAAGUUUCAUGGAUGGUUACAAAAGGAGUAAUGCUUACAUUGCUACUCAGGGGCCUCUGCCAAAAACGUAUGGAGACUUUUGGCGAAUGGUGUGGGAGCAAAUGGUUUUAAUCAUCGUUAUGACCACAAGAGUUGUAGAGCGAGGCCGAGUGAAAUGCGGACAGUACUGGCCUAUAGAGUCUGGACGCACUGAGGAUUAUGGGUACUUCUUAGUGAGAAAUGUCCAUAUUGAGAUGUUUCAGGAUUUUAAGCUGUCAUACCUGGAGCUCUUAAACACUAAGACAGGGGAAUGUAGAGAAGUGUCUCAUUACCUCUACAUGAGUUGGCCCGAUUUUGGUGUUCCAAAGUCCGCGUCGGCCAUGUUAGAUUUCCGGGCACACGUGAAGCGGAGACAAGAGUCUUCAUUACGAACAAUGUAUCCUGAUUGGACAGGACCCCCAGGAGGCCCCCCAGUGGUAGUGCACUGCAGUGCAGGCAUUGGUCGAACAGGCACGUUCUGUACUGUAGACAUUUGUCUUUCUCGUCUGGAGGACAUUAGGACAGUUGACAUUAAGCAGACAGUGCGCUGCAUGCGAACGCAGCGUGCCUUCAGCAUCCAGACGUGGGACCAGUACUACUUCUGCUACAAAGCAGUGAUUGAGUAUGCCCAACAGAGUGGCCUACUGCAGCCUGUAGAGUGGUCUGACACAGAGGUGGAGACGGACAGUGAGUAAAUAAGAACAGAACGCGGGUGAGAGGGCACAAAAGGCAUGGAAGGAAAAGCCUCCCCUGGCCACAGGUAGACACUUCCAGUUCCUCCUUUCUGGUGAGAAGGAUGAGAUAAAGAACAGAGGAGCAGAGGAAUAUUUUGUCCUGCCACUUUUCAAGCCUUUCGUUUUUUACUCUGAUCUGGACAAGAUCAGAGACUCUGGCUUGAUGUAGCAUUUUAUAUACAUAUAAAUAUAUAUAUAUAUAUAUAUAUAAAUACUGACUUGCACAUGUGGAAUGACAAACUUGAAAUAUCCAGUUUUUCAUAUUACCUGAUCUUUUUUUUUAUUACCUGCUCAGUGUUUCAAUAUUCAAUAUAUGGGGUUAAAUUCACACUUUUUGUGAAAACGUAAAACUUGAAUUUUUUUUCUUCUCCGUCACAUUAAAAUGGCAAAUGAUGUGUGUCUGAACAGGUUCCAAACUAUUUUUGUUUUAUUUUGUGUACUUCCUGGUUAAACAUUCAAGCCAAAGGUAUGGUGUUGAAUUCUUGGAUGUUUUUUUUGUGAUUUAAACCCUUGUAUAUCUUGUAACAUACAUUUAUAUAUUGUGCAUAACAACCUUCGAAAAAGCUUUGUUUUAAUAUAAUACUCUUAACUUUCUUCAGAAUUAUGUGUAUCUAUAUAUAAAUAUCUAAAUCAUAUGUUUAAGUAUAUGUUGGGUUAGAACAAUAUGAAAAGAGGAGGAGGAAGAAAAAACCUAUGCUAGAUAUGGUAUAUCUUGGUGAGUGUUCUGGUCCUGCAGUUUUGAUUUCGAUCUGUUCUUUAAACGUAGUACAUGAUUAUCCAGCAAUUAGCCUUAAUGCAGGGCUUCCUUUCACAGAUCAUCACAGAGCAGACACUGGACAGACCCAGUGCUAUACUAAACAACAGUGUGGAUGGAAAUCUCUGCAUCAAUCUUGGAGAAUAGUUUAUCAAUUUGAGAUUCUCUAUGAUUGAUUGCCCUUAAAGGAAUAUUUAACCAAAAAAUAAAAAAUAUCGUCAUUUACUCACCCUUAUGCCAUCCCAGAUGUGUAUGACUUUCUUUCCAUUGCAGAACACAAAUAGUGAUUUUUAGAAUAAUAUCUCAGCUCAGUAGGUCCAUACAAUGCAUGUGAAUGGUGUGAUAUUGCUUCAGAAGACAUGGAUUUAAACCAAUGGAUUUUUCUUUUAUGCUGACUUUGUGAUUUUUGGAGCUUCAAAGUUCUGGCCACCAUUCACUUGCAUUGUAUAGACCUACAGCGCAGAGAUAUUCUUCUAAAAAUCUUUGUGUUCAACAGAAGAAGGUUAUACACAUCUAGGAUGAAAUUAGGGCGAGUACAUGAUGAGAGAAUUUUCAAUUUUGGGUGAACUAUCCCUUUAACAUUCAGUCACUGCCUUGCUCCCUCUAAAGUAUGAACCUUGAAACAACGGAUCUUCUCUUUUUUUUUUAUUUACUUUUUUAUUAAAUUUUUUUCCACUAUGAGCCUGUCCCAAUUUGGAAGUACCCUGAUCCGUACAGCCACUGAUUCUAUUUUCAUCUUUACUGACAGAUAAUUGUUACUUGUUAUUUGUGACAUUACAUUAGAGUUGGGGUCUCCUGCUGUGCAGUGUGUGUGGAGUCCUGAGGUCUUUAAAAGCCUCCGUUUUGUGCCUUCAAGCUUUCUAUAGUGCAAUGUGUAGACUCAGGCAAGGAGCAGAAUGACUAGUCUUGCAUACAUAUAGGUUUUUUAUUAUUAUUAUUAUUUUUUCAUUUUAAUCUCAGGGGUAUACGUGGAGUUCCUGGUCUCAAAACAGUUUUCUCUGCAUUUGUCUUUAAUAAUUAUCAUUUACAAAACAACUUCAGACAAAAAUCAAAAGUAUACACAUUUUAUUUCGAAUUUUAUAUAGCAUCCUGCAUUGUAUUCUGAUUUUAUUUAUGUAUUUGUAGAACUUUAGCAGUAUUGAAAUUUAAAUGUUGGUACGAAAAACAAAAAAUGAACAGACAUACUAUUUUAAACUGAUAAGCUAAAGAAAGCAAACAGCAAAACAAAAGACUGAUUUUAUUGUAUUUUCCCAUUCAGUUCAGUGUGGAUUUAUGUUACUCAGCAUUGUGUUUUGGGAGGUAAAGUCUACUAUUUUUCCAGACCCUUUUCCAUUCUCUGUGGACUGUUAAAGGGCUGAGAAUAACUGCAGCCAAAAGACUGAAACCGACGCCUGGCUGAUUAUCAUGGCUGCCACUAACAGUUUUUAACUAUUUGCCAAUCAACAAAAAGAAUGUUAUGGUUAGAUGAAAUCAACUCCCAUCUUGGGAGAACUUUGGAAUGCCUUCUCCUUGAAUAUUAAUUCUUGUAUGAUGACGGAUGUUAGUGAAUGUGUGAAAGUCCCACUCACCUAAUGUUUACUUGUUGACUGACUUACAUGCAGAAUAGGACUCAGUGUGCAGAACAUGCUUGACUGUUUUCUACAGCUGAUUCCUGCUUCAGUGAGACUAAGUGUGAAAAGGCACACUUGGUUCUGACUUAAGGCAGUCGAGAAUGCAAUGUGAGUGUUUUUACUACAGUUUUAUUUUUUCUUUUGGUGCCCAGUUUUGUGAUUGAGUAAUGGCCUUUUUUUACCUGACAUGUGCAGUAGUGUUGUAGUAAACAUGAAUAUUAUUCUGAAACUUAAGCAUGUCUGUGUGAUGAAUUAGUCAAGUUGACAAGAAUUGCAGCAUGUGAAGCAAUAUAAAGCUUGUGUUUUUAGAAAGGUAUGUGUUGCGAAUUGGAGUUUUUUUUGGUCCUAAUAGCAUAUUGCUAAAUCAUCACAUAUUAUUUGACUUGUCUCACAUUGGACCUGACAAAAUUCUCAUGCUAAUUUGAGACACAAAAGUUAAGUUUAAAGUCUAAAUUGGAAGACAAUUACUACAUUAAUGAAAAUCCAAAUUUGUAUUGCAAAUAUCAGUUUGUCAAUGAGAUGUACCUGAUUCUGUUCAAGUUCUACUCCUAAAUUAAUAGGUGUACACUGGCAAGGCAAAUUAUGUGAACCCUUUGGAAUUACCUGCAUUUUAUGUAUACAUUUGUCUUU